AUGACAAGUCUUCGAAGAGUGUUCUUUAGCCUCUUUGGUGAGUUCAUCAUCGAAUCUACAGAACAUAAAAUAAAGCUUCUUUAAAGAACACUGGACACCGUCGCAGUUGCUAAACACAUUUGAUUUGCUGUUGCUUAUAGCUAAUUGUUCUCUGUGCUGAAGCAGCUAAUAACUAACAGGCAGAUCUGUGUCUGAUGUGAACUUGUGGUCUCUCUCCAGCUGCUCUGUGGAGCGUAUCUAUUGCAGAUGAGAUUGUGGUAUCAGGAUAUGAGGGAGGAGAAGCAGAGAUCAGAUGCUCCUAUGGCCGUGGGUACGAGAAUUACCAGAAGUACCUCUGUAAUAGGGGCUGUUACUACUCUGAUAUUGUCAUUGAAACUCAAUGGGGAGUUCACCACACUAAGAAAGGCAGCUUUUCUCUGUAUGAUGACAUAAAGAGAAGAGUCUUCACUGUGAAUGUCACUAAACUAACCCUACAACACGCUGGGACAUACUGGUGUGCGGUGAGCAGAUAUGGGAAAGACAUCUAUACAGAAGUCAGACUUCAAGUAGUCAAAGGUAAGUUCCCUUUUUUUUAUAUACAGUACCAGUCAAAAGUUUGGACAUACCUACUCAUUCCAGGGUUUUUCUUUAUUUUUACUAUUUUCUACAUUGUAUAAUAAUAGUGAAGACAUCAAAACUAUGAAAUAACACACAUAUGGAAUCAUGUAGUAACCAAAAAAGUGUUAAACAAAUAAAAAUAUAUGUUAUAUUUGAGAUUCUUCAAAUAUACACCCUUUGCCUUGAUGACAGCUUUGCCCACUCUUGGCAUUAUCUCAACCAGCUUCAUGAGGUAGUCACCUGGAAUGCAUUUCAAUUAACAGGUGUGCCUUCUUAAAAGUUAAGGAAAGAAAUUCCACAAAUUAACUUUUAAGAAAGCGGUCAUCAAAGCAAAGGGUGGCUACUUUGAAGAAUCUCAAAUCUCAAACUUUUGGUAAAAAUAGUAAAAAUAAAGAAAAACCCUUGAAUGAGUAGGUUUGUCCAAACUUUUGACUGGUAGUGUAUAUAUAUAUAUAUAUAUAUAUAUAUAUUUAUUUUUUUUAUUUUAUUUUUUUAUUUUACACAAACAUCAACACAAAUAUGACACGGGCACAUUUAACAAUUUCAAAUAAACAUUACAGACUACAGACACUUAGACACAGAUGGCAUUGACUAAACUCAUGACAUAACUAAACUUGACAUAACUAAGCUCAUGUACUAACGUUUCAUGUGUAUUUGUAUAUAAUGUAUCUCAAAUCGCUUUGUCCAGCACAUCCCUUAUAGAAUGAUUUCACGUGAAAUUUCCACGUUUUGAACGUAACAAUUUAUUUCACAUGUGAAAUCAUGUGAAACCAUGUGGUUUUGGAACACUUCCCAUGUGGUGAUAUUUCACAUGUGAUCACAUAACCUUUCACAUAUUAAUAUUUUUCACAUUCGAUUUUACAGAUGAUAUCCUGGAAACAAAAAUGACUCGUUAGGAUGUCCCUGGAACGUCACAAAAUAAUCGCAGUGUUUUCAAUUUACAUAUUUGACAUACAUGAUUAUAUUGUGUGUGUGUAUUUAUACAGUAAUUAUUAUUCAACAUGUCCUCACCUGGGAUUAUAAACUCACAACCUCUUGGUUCACGGCAUUCCGAUCUUCCUGCAACGCUACACCAUGUUUGUGUCAAUGACUGAUUUCACCUCUAUUCCUACACUUUGGACUUCAGCUUUGCGCAAUACACUCAAGAAAAACUAUUAUAUUUAUCAUAGUGAUUCAGGAGUAACAUUAAACAGAAUAAUAUGCCCCACCAACAUUAGACAAACUAUACAGAAAACCCUCAAAUUGCUGAAAUAAGUCAAUUAAAUCAAUGAUGGGAGAAAAAUCAGAUUAAUUAAUAACUAAAAUAACAGUGCAGAUGGAACUAUUUUGCUAACUGCAGAGAUGUAUUAUAGGUAAUGAAUGUGUAGGGGACUUCUGAGAAUGCCUCAGACUUACAGACUUUGUGGUGCAGCAGAAAGAUCAAUGCACCUUCAACCCCGGAGUUGUGAGUUCAAAUCCCAGGUGGGGUUUUAUUGAAGAGUCAGAACUAGGUUUAAUGUAAUCAUAUUGUCAUUUAUUUAAGAUUUGUACACUAUUUUAGCUGAACAGGGAACCACUUACUUUAAAACCCCCAUACCAUUUUUAUUACUUCCUUUACAAAGAAAACACGUGAAAUUUGCUGUUUCACAUGUGAAAUAGCUGUUUUCCCAUGUUGAGCUGAAAUGUUCACGCGUGAAAACAAAAGAGACAUGUGAGGUCAGUUGUUGACAUGUGAAAACAUAUGUUCACAUGUAUUCAAUAUAGAGUUCACAUGUUAACACCACCUUUUCACAUGUGAAUUGCAGAUUCACAUUUGAAAUUUGCAGUUCCACAUGCAAGAAACAUUCACGUGUAGUUUCAUGUUAUCUUUGCAUGUUGUCACAUGUUAUCACAUUAACUUCACGUAAGAUUACAUGUGAAUAGUGAUUACGUGAAAUUCAUAUGGUUUUUCCGUAAGGAAUUUGCCCUUUGUGUGAUAAUGUCUUGGAAGAAAUGGAAUAGAACUGAAAUGUGUAUCUCAGUUGAUUGGCAGACUGGUGCUGUGACAACCGCGCCCUCGUCCAGGGCAACAGCCAAGCUUCUGUGUCAGUAAGCUGUCCCUACAAGCCUCAGCACAAGGAGAGUGAGAAGUACUUCUGCAUAGGGACCCGACCCUCGACAUGUCUACAACAGGCUACAGUCACAUCCAACCACAACACUUGGAGGUUCUCUCUCCAUGACAACAACACAGAUGGAGUGUUCACCGUGACAAUCACUGGGCUGACUCAAGAGGAUUCUGGGAUGUAUAUGUGUGGCGUCCGUGUCGAUCGAGGUCUGGAUGUCUACUCUGUGGUUUAUCUGGAGGUCAAAGGUGAAGAGUUGUUUCUCUGACCUUUCAGUCAUGUGACCCUCACCCCUACCUGUACCCAAAGAUUAUCUAUAAUAUUUGACAAGAUAGUUGAGUGACAGCUCUAACAAUGGAAAUACAUGUCCUCAAAGAUGGAAGGCAGGCGGGAGGAGGCGAGAAUCCGGUGGGACCAUUCUAGCCAAUGAGAGGGCAGAUACGCGUGUGAACAACAGGCUACGUGUCCACUUAUAUCAGCGCAUUACGAAACCAUUAUCAAAUAAGCCUCACGUAGCAAAUUUGAAAUAGAAAAAUGUGUUGACCAAAUUCGACACUCAUUGACCUUCCCGGGCGUGUUUUGGGCAGAGUAAACCCUCUCGCGUCGCUUCUUCCUCUCUGCUGUACCCACUACCUGUUUCAUAGUGUGAGAAUGUGUAGCUCUUAAAGAUUUGAUUUGAAGGUACUGUAUAGUUCAUCCAAAAAUCAAAGGUUUAUAAAAUGUAUGCAUUAGAGAGAAAUCUGCAUGUAUCAAUUUCAAAUGACUGGGAUAGAUUAUCGAAACUACCCCUUUAAUUAACUACACUGAACAAAAAUAUAAACGCAACAUGUAAAGUGUUGGUCCCAUGUUUCAUGGGCUGAAAUAAACGAUCCCCAAAAUGUCCAUACGCACAAAAAGUUAUUUCUCACAAUUUUUGCACACAAAUGUGUUUACAUCCCUGUUAGUGAGCAUUUCUCAUUUACCAAGAUAAUCCAUCCACCUGACAGAUGUGGCAUAUCAAGAAGCUGAUUAAACAGCGUGAUCAUUACACAGGUGCACCUUGUGCUGGGGACAAUAAAAGGCCACUCUAAAACGUGCAGUUUUGUCACACAACACAAUGCCACAGAUGUCUCAAGUUUUGAGGGAGUGUGGAUUUGGCAUGCUAACUGCAGGAAUGUCCACCAGAGCUGUUGCCAGAUAAUUUAAUGUUCAUUUAUUUACCAUAAACAGCCUCCAACGUCAUUUUAGAGAAUUUGGCAGUACAUCCAACCGGCCUCACAACCGUAGACCAUGUGUAACCACACCAGCCCAGGACCUCCACAUCCGGCUUCUUCACCUGCUCGAUCGUCUGACCCCAGCCACCCGGACAGCUGAUGAAACUGUGGGUUCGCACAACUAAGGAUUUCUGCACAAACUGUCAGAAACCGUCUCAGGGAAACUCAUCUGCGUGCUCGUCGUCCUCACCAGGGUCUUGACCUGAUUGCAGUUUGGCGUUGUAACCGACUUCAGUGGGCAAAUGCUCACCUUCGAUGGCCACUGGCACGCUGGAGAAGUGUUCUCUUCAUGGAUGAAUCCCGGUUUCAACUGUACCGGGCAGAUGGCAGACAGCGUAUAUGGAGUCAUGUGGGUGAUUUUUUUGCUGAAGUUAACAUUGUAAACAGAGUGACCUAUGGUGGCGCUGGGGUUAUGGUAUGGGCAGGCAUAAGCUACGGACAACGAACACAAUUACAUUUUAUCAAUAGCAAUUUCAAUGCACAGAGAUACCGUGACGAGAUCCUGAGGUCCAUUGUCAUGCAAUUCAUCCGCCGCCAUCACCUCAUGUUUCAGCCUGAUAAUGCAUGGCCCCAUGUCGCAAGGAUCUGUACACAAUUCCUGGAAGCUGAAAAUGUCCCAGUUCUUCCAUGGCCUGCAUACUCACCAGACAUGUCCCCAUUGAGCAUGUUUGGGAUGCUCUGGAUUGACGUGUACGACAGCAUGUUCCAGUUCCCGCCAAUAUCCAGCAACUUCGCACAGCCAUUGAAGAGGAGUGGAACAACAUUCCACAGGCCACAAUCAACAGCCUGAUCAACUCUGUGAAGGAGAUGUUGCACUGCAUGAGGCAAAUCGUGGCCACACCAGAUACUGACUGGUUUUCUGAUCCCCUGCCCUAACUUUUUUUAAAGGUAUCUGUGACCAACAGAUGCAUAUCUGUAUUCCUAGUCAUGUGAAAUCAAUCGAUUAGGGCCUAAUUUAUUUAUUUCAAUUGACUGAUUUUGUUAUAUGAACUGUAACUCAGUAAGAUCUUUGAAAUUGUUGCAUGUUGUGUUUUUAUUUUUGUUCAGUGUAGAAUGUUUCACUAGCCAU